GCAGCAGGCCUGUUGCUGGCCAAUUUGUUUAGUUUCACUCUUGUUACUCAUACAGCCAUAAUAGGACUUGUUUUUGAUGCGAGUAUUGAUCCCGCAGAGAGAGGAGGGAGUUCACCCUCUGAGCCGAGCUGCCCUCCUCACACACUCGGAGGAAGAUGGCUGCUGGGUUGCUGUUGCUGGUUUGUGCUGGAGCUGUGCUGUGCUCUGUCGGGGCCCAGGAUUCUUAUAAUGGGCUAACUGAUGACUACAAGAAGGGAGUGGAUCUUGCAUUAGAGCAACUCAACAAACAUGCCGUGGUUCUCCACCAUUUUCGCUUCUUGAGAAGUGUGGACAAGUCAGAUAUCGAGUCUGGAUUCGGUGUGAAAUACCUCUACCACCACUUUUACCUGAAACCCACCACGUGUGCCAAAGGAACAACUGAGUCAAACCCUCAGAGAUGCCCUUUCAGGAAUGACAGACCACUGAUGGACUGUGCAGUUUGCUACAAAACAGCAGCAGAUCAGAUAGAGUCGAGCCCCAAGCCGUACGUUCACUGUAUCCAGAAACCGAGACUCACAGAGGGAAUGAGGACCACCAGGACAGAGCACUGCAGAAAAAUGACUUACAACAGUGGAGCUCCUACGCUGUUGGCUGUGUCUACUGGCUAAAAUAAAAAGCCAAAAGAACAUGCUUCAUAAUAUAGUAAAUGGAGAAUCUGCACUUCACCUGUUGCAUGCUUAAUUCACUAUAGUGACGUAACUUUGACAAGCCGAUUCUCAUUGCAAUUUCCUGCAGAUUUCUCAUCCAGGCUUCACUUAUAAUAAACAAAUACAAAAGCAGCGCAUCUGCACAUUCAUUCAUUAUGUUUUUGUUAUGUUUUUCCAUCUAUAAAAAUGGUGAUUCAACCUCAUUUUAAGCUCCUCCCUGCUGUGAUACAUUAGUUAAUUCAUUGCUCAUAAAGUCACUGUAUUACAGUUGUAACAUUGUGUAAUAAAAAGAUAAACAAAAAGUG